ACAACUUGGUAGCGGCGAGAGAAUCCUUACUAAGUUAUUGGUUCGUUGUCUCAUAGACAGCAUAACCAAGGAUGAAGGCCUAAUUUUAGAGUAAUUUGAAAAUUAUUGUGUAGGAUGAAAUUGAAAUAAGGAAAAAACUUUAAAAAUUGUGCACGAGGUAUAACAGAAAAAUAUGGUGCUGAUGACAAUGAUAGCUAGGUUGGUGGAUGGUUUGCCUCUAGCCGCCUCAGUCCAAGAGGAUGAACAGUCUGGCCGAAAUACUCUAGAAUAUCAGAAUCAAGCGAAAAUGUUGUUCCGUAAAUUAAACACACAGUCGCCUCCAUUUUGCAGUAUAGAAACAGGACCAUAUAUGUUUCAUUACUUCAUCGAUGGUGAAGUUUGCUACUUAGCCCUGUGUGAGAAGUCAUUUUCAAAACGACUAGCCUUUGCUUACUUGGACGACCUUCAUAAUGAAUUCAGUUCCCAGUAUGGUAAUAGAGUUGCAACUGUAUCUCGACCGUAUAGCUUCAUUGAGUUUGAUACAUAUAUUCAGAAGUCUAAGAAGUCCUUUAUGGAUUCUAGAAGUAGAAGGAACCUUUCUACUCUAAACACUGAACUUCAGGAUGUACAGAAGAUAAUGGUUCAGAACAUUGAUGAUGUGUUACAGAGAGGAUCUACUUUAUCAGACUUAGAUACCAAAAGUAGCAACCUAGCAGUGCUUUCCCAAAAAUACAAGAAAGAUGCCCAUUACUUGAACCUACGGUCAACCUAUGCUAAAGUUGCUGCAGCUGCCGUCAUUGUCUUUGUUUUCUUUAUUUAUUUCUGGGUUCUGUAAGUGCUCAAAUGCCUUACAUUUCAGGAAAUGUAACUAGAGGAAUCAUAUACAUCAACCCUGUACAAUAUGAACAAACACAGAUAUUUUACUCUUUAUCUAAACAUAAAUUUGGUGGAGGACAGUAGUUUAAAUUUUAAAAAAUAUACUUAAAAAAUAUUUCUGAUACGUGCCUAAAAAUAUUUUUAAAAUAUUCAUUUUUUUUUUCAACAAAAAAAAAAAUAUAUAUAUAUAUAUAUAUAAUCAAUAAUACUUCAUUUAGGCAUCAUGGCUAAUGUUUAUAUACUAAAUAUACUUAAUUAUCAAAUAUUGAAAGAGAAAAAAAAUAGAAUUGGAGUCAUUUGAAUUUUAAGUUAUUGUUUUGGGUUUUUUUUUGUUUUCAAAAAAUAUUAACUAUGGCUUAAAUAAUAUUUUGACUCAUUUGCUUGUCCAGUUUUUUGGGCAAGCAUAAAAUUUGACUUACAUUGAAGACAAUCUAAGUCAUUUAAUGGUUUAAGUCCUGAUUAAUUGACUUGCUUUAAAAACUGUUAUUGCCACAACUUGUAUUAUAUUUGUGAUGUGUGAUAUUAAAAUGUUAUUACUCGUUUUAAAAUCUUUGUCUUGGUAUUGUUAUGUACAAACUUAUGUUUAUAAAUAAAGUUACCUAUAAUUACAGUA